ACAGUACUGUACGUUCUAAAGCCAUCAUCUUGAUGAAUUAAUAUUUGUAUUCCUAUAACAAUUACACUCAUCGUCUUUCAGGAUAAACCAAAGCGGUCAAAUCUGCGAGCAUACGGAUGCACAGUAUGUCCAACAACUGCCUCCGCAUCGGUCUCCUGCUGUCUCUGCUCCAGUGCAGCCAUCAGUCAUGCCUGGCAGGGACAGCCAGCCAGUGCAAGAACGCAGACUUCCCCCCGGGAAUCAACCUGGCAGGGGAAGGCUUCGACAUCACCAAGAUGGCCCGCAAAGGGGCCUUUGUCAUUGACCUGAAACUCUGGGAGCACAAGGACAAAACGUGCACCCUGUGCCCCAACCCCUUCCUGGAGGGCAAGAAGCAGAAGCUGCCCCUUUCGGUGACGGACUGGAGGCCCAACCAAUCAUGCAAGAUGAAGCUGUCCAGCAGCACGUACCGGUCCAGCGAGGCCCUGGUCACCUCCAGCUCUUCCUCAGUGACAAACGACUGGAAGGUGAAUCUGGAUUUGGCAACGGCGGACAAAAAAGCCUCCUUGAUGCUGGCCGGGACCGAUUCCAAACUGGCCCAAUACUCCAUGGAGAAGACUAAGAGCGACAAAUUCAGCUUCACCAGUCAAAGCAUCUCCUGCGAGUACUACAGCUUUCGGGUCGUACACAAGCCGAGGUUACACAAGGAGUUCGAUGCUGCGCUGAAAGACCUUCCCGAGACCUUCUCCCCUGAAAACAAGCAGCGCUUCUACAAACUGAUCGACACCUACGGCACCCAUUACAUCACUCAGGUGAAACUGGGCGGGAGUGUGAAGUCAGUGACCAGCAUCAGGCAGUGCAUGGCCAGCCUGCAGGGCCUCAGUGCGGAGGAGGUGGCCAUGUGCCUAGAGGCCGAGGCUGCUGUAAGCAUCGGCGUCGCAAGUUUGAAAUCUGUAGCGAAGCACUGCAAGAAGGACAUCCAGAAAUCUGACAGCAAGUCCAGUUUCUCCAACAUGUUCAACGACAGGUUCACCGAGAUAGAAGGAGGAGAGACCACGGAACCGGAGCUACUCUUCUCCGCGGACAAGGACCCCUCCGCCUACAAAGCCUGGCUGGACUCGGUGCCCCGGCUCCCCAACCUUGUGUCCUACUCCCUGAACGCCCUGCACGAGCUGCUUCCCGCCGAGAACAACGACGGGAAGCACAAGCACCUGCGCACGGCCAUCUCACACUACAUCCUGGAGAGGGCCCUGAUGAGGAACUGCUCCGAGCGCUGCAAGGCCGGUGCCAGGCGCUCCCAGAGCGAGCCCUGCGCCUGCAGCUGCCAGGGCGACCCGGCUGUGACCCCCGACUGCUGCCCCUCGCGCCGGGGCAUGGCCCGCGUGCUGAUUACCGUCCAGAAGGCCAGCGGGCUGUGGGGGGACACCAUCACCGCCACCGACGGCUUCGUGAAGGUCACCUUCGCCGAGACGGUCAAGAGACAAACCCCCGUGUGGCUCAACAACAACAACCCGACGUGGGGCAGCGUCUUCGACCUGGGCGACCAGGACCUGUCCGCCGGCCGGACCCUGCGCCUCGAGGUGUGGGAUCAGGACAACGGCUGGAACGACGACCGUCUGGGGAACUGUGAGAAGGUGGUGGGCCAGGGCGUGACGGAGGAGGUGUGUGCCCUGCAGCACGGCCGGCUGUACUUCAAGUGGGAGGUGAGGUGCGCGCCCAGUCUGGGAGGAGCCGACUGCAUGGAGUACAAAGCCUCCCCGAUGAGCCAGCAGCUGCAGAAGGCGUUCGUAUCGCGCCACAGCCAGCGCGUGCCCCAGGCCUUGCUGAAGGAGAACGGGGUGUUUCUCGCGGUGCCUGGUCGCCACGGGAACCAGAGUGCCGCCUCCCCUGCUUUGCCGUUUUUCCCGGCACCGUGA